CAUUAGCUUGUUAACGUUUAACGUUUCUUGCUUGUAAUGCAUGCACUGUGUAGGCUAAAUCUCCAUGAUGAUUUUGUGAGCCCUGUGUGGGUACUCAAUCCUGGGCAAUACAGCAGAGCUUUAGCUUUUGUAAUAAUCAUCAUGUGAAAGCCGUAGGUCUUUACUUCUAAGAAGCACAGUGCCUCUAGUCAGUUGUGCUGAGAUUAGGCUUUAGCCUGUGAGUGGUGUUGGAAUGUGUAUUACACAAGCAUCCAUUUACAAAAGUCCACGGAGUUGGAUGCGGUUGCAGACUGUUUUGACAGCAUAUAGACAGAGAGAGAGAGCACCGAAAGUGAAAGGUGUAGUGCUUGGAGAUCAAUCACAGGGCUAACUCUUAAUUGGGGGAGAUGCUAAUCUGGCCUGAGUCUGGUCAUUGGCCAAUCUCCAUCUCAGCUGCGCUGCGCCUCAUAGCGUGAUCCAGCCCUGCAGGAGUCCGGGCUGUGCUUCUCGUCCGUCCGUCCACCUUUCGCUCGCUACCAUGUCUCUGGCUCUGUGGGUCGUCCACCGCCCCACGCUCACACCCCGGCAGAUCUGCGUGCUGAAGGCCCAGACUCAGGGCUCGACUAGGGGGGCCUCUGACGCCACACUACGGUGUGGGCUGCAGGAUCACUGGUUUGCUGGCUAUAACCGUCUCUCUCUCUUGGCAGGUCGUGUUUCCCCCACCCUCCCCCACUGGCUGCUUGUUGCCAUGGAGAACUCGUCAGUGGCCUCGGCGUCGUCGGAAGCAGGCAGCACGCGCUCCCAGGAGAUCGAGGAGCUGGAGCGCUUCAUUGACUCCUAUGUGCUGGAGUACCAGGUGCAGGGCCUGCUGGGAGACAAGGGCGAGACGGUCACGGAGGGGGAGAAGCCACAGUCCCACGUGUCCCAGAAAACACAGGAGAGAACAGCAUCAGCAGCUGUUAAAGCAGUGGCUUGUGAACAAUGGACGGAAGACUGCAGUGAUAAGAUAGAUGGCAGCUGGUCAUCCUCGCGGGGGAGAGCUUCAUCCAAACCAGAUGAGUGGGAGCACAGCAGUAAUGGGAGCACAGGGUCGAGGCCCAGCUCUGGGUCUAGACCUGGUUCUGGUUCCAGAUCAGGCAGUCGGAAUAAUCAGUUCAGAGCUCCAGCCAAGAAUGGAAACAGAGAAGGCUCCCUUGACAUCUUGGGCACGGACAUCUGGGCCGCCAACACUCUGGACGGUGGAGCCACGUGGGACCUUCAGCCCGAGAAGUUGGAUUUCUCUCAGUUCCACAGGAAGCCAUACCGAGGGACACCAAAGCACCUCCCACACAUUGAUCGUGAGGGGAUGAUGAAGGGCAAGCUUGAUGAUGAUGACGGCAUUGACCUGACUGACAUGGAGAAGUUUCUUCCUGGUUUAAGAGCCUUUCCUCCUCUGCCUAAUGAGGCUGAGAUCGCACACACCAAAAAGCUCUUCAGAAGACGGCGCAAUGACAGGCGAAACGUUCACCAGGACCAGUUAACGGUGCUGCUGUCCGCCCAGGGGAACCGGCACGUUACCAGGAGACAGCAGCGGCCGCCCACCGGAGGGGGAGGAGGAGGAGGAGGAGGAGGAGGAGGAGGAGGGGGAGGGAAAGCCCAGAAUCCUCAGCAACAGCAGCAGCAGUCACCUCAACAACAGAACACUCAGCAACAACAACAACAGCAACAGCAACAGCAACAGCCGACGCCUCAGCAGCAUAGCCAACCCCAGGGCGGCGAGCAGCAGCAGCAGCAGCAGGGGGGCAAUGCCAAGCCCAGUGGCCGUCCCUACCAGGGCUCUGGCCAGCGCCCACACCACGGCUACAGCCAGAACCGCCGCUGGCAACACCCCCAGAAGCACCAAGGCAACGCACCUCAAGGAGCCUCGCCCAGCCACAAGGGGGCUCCCCGCAAUGCCAAAGACUCUGAGAAUGUGAAGGCAGAGGAGGAGGGCGCUGACAGAGAGCGGGCCCCCAAAGAGAUGGGCUCCCAGAGAGAGGCCCCGGGCGACGGGGCCCGAGUCAGCCUGCUGCAGUCAUCUAAGGAAAGGCUGAGGAGGAGGCUCAAGGAGAAGGAGGAGGUUCCUGUGUUGCCCAUGCCUCCCCAGCGGAGCCGAAUGGACCGGCUGCAGGAGCUGCUGAACAGCAUGCGCAACAACAGCAGCGGCGUGGAGAGCCAGCUCAGCUCCUUCAUGGAGGAGGCGCAGAACUCGGCCAGCUCCGAGGAGAUGCUGGAGGAGGUCGUGCGCACCAUCUAUCAGAAGGCCGUCACGGACCGCAGCUUCGCUGCCACCGCCGCCAAGCUCUGCGACAAGAUGGCGCUCUUCAUGGUCGAGGGCACCAAGUUCCGGUCCAUCCUCCUCAACAUGCUCCAGAAGGACUUCACGCGCCGAGACGAGCUCCAGCAGUCGGACGUGGAGCGCUGGCUGGGCUUCAUCACCUUCCUGUGCGAGGUGUUCGGCACCAUGAGGAGCAGCGCAGGAGAGCCCUUCAGGGUGCUGGUGUGCCCCAUCUACACCUGCCUCAGGGAGCUGCUGGAGUCCCCCGAAGUGAAGGAAGAUGCUGUUCUCUGCUGUUCCAUGGAGCUGCAGAGCACGGGGCGUCUGCUGGAGGAGCAGCUGCCUGAGAUGAUGACGGAGCUGCUGGCGGCCGUGCGGGACAAGAUGCUGUGUCCGUCCGAGUCGCAGCUGACGCGCUCGCUGCUCAUGGAGGUCAUCGAGCUGCACGCCCACCGCUGGAGCCCCCUGGAGGCGCUCACCACGCAGUACUACAACAGAACCAUCCAGAAGCUCACCGCGUGACCUCCACCAUGAACCUGCCCCCAGCCCCCAGCCCCCA